AUGUGGAGUCCAGCGACUGUGUUGGUUCUCGCUGUAGUUCUCCGGGCGGGGUUUUUCGCAUGGGGGCUAUACCAGGACGCUAACAUGCUACCCAAAUUCACAGAUGUUGACUAUAUGGUGUUCACAGAUGCGGCGCAGUUUGUGUACUCAGGGCUAAGCCCCUACUUUAGAGAGACCUACAGAUAUACGCCGCUCCUUUCUUGGCUUUUGGUGCCCACUGUUUGGCUUUUUUGUUUUGGAAAGAUUUUAUUUAUGCUUGGUGAUCUUGUCGCCGGCUACCUGAUGCUGCAGAUUUUUCGACGGCAGCAUAUUUCAAGCAGGGACGCGUGCAUUUUUUCAUCGCUAUGGCUGCUCAACCCUAUGGUUGCCGUGAUCAGCACACGCGGCUCAUCGGAAGGGCUCCUGGGGGCGAUGAUCAUAUACAUGCUCUGGGCUGUAUACGAAAAACGCUACUGGCAUGCUGGAUGUGGCGCUGGUCUCGCCAUCCACUUCAAAAUUUACCCCAUCAUAUAUGUCCCUACGAUUAUUUGGGCAUUGGGUCCGUUACACCCGCUCAAAUUCAUUAACAGAGCCCGGCUGCAGUUCGCGCUCGGUACGCUCGUCAGUUUUGCUGGCCUCACGGGGCUCAUGUAUGCCAUCUACGGCAGCGACUAUUUGCAACAUUCAUGGCUACACCAUCUGACUCGGAUCGACCACCGUCACAACUUCAGCCCGUAUGCCACAGUACUAUACUAUGCAUCUGCAGAUCCAGCGUCUGCUCCUCGUUUCGAGAGCUGGGCAUUUGUUCCUCAGCUUUUCCUCUCGGGGGUGCUUUUACCCCUGGUGUUUGCCCGCCGGGACAUUGCAAAAACUAUGUUUGUACAGACGUUUGCUUUUGUGGCUUUCAACAAGGUUUGUACGUCUCAGUAUUUCCUUUGGUACCUUGUUUUGUUACCGUUUUACGUGCCGUCUCUAAAAAAGGCUGGGGUGAUCAAAUACGUGUUUGCAGCAUUAUGGGUAGGAGCCCAGGGAAUGUGGCUCCAUUACGGCUUCCAAUUGGAAUUCUUGGGAGUAUCUACGUUUUACCCACAGCUGUUUGCGGCAACACUACUCUUUUUCAUUGUCAAUAUAUGGGGCACGUGUUUGUUGAUCAGAUGGUUUUAA